GAGUCUAAGUGAGGCUUCUCUCCCGAUUCUGUCAUAUUGGAGUGAGUCACCUCAAGGUUUCUUAUCUCAUCUUUUUUCCCCAUUUGCUGUGAUUAUCAGUCAGUGCUCAACAUGCAGAUGAAAGCGUUGGUAACUUUGGCAUUUUCUGCCUCAAUUGGGCUAAUGUUCCUGAUUCUGGCUUGUGCCUUGCCACAAUACAACAACUGGUGGCCCUUCUUUGUUCUUAUGUUCUAUGUCCUGGCACCUAUACCAAGCAUCAUAGCACGUAGAAUGUCUGAGGAUACGGGAGGGAGUAAUUCCUGCAAAGAGUUGGCAUACUUCGUGACAGCUGCCCUCGUGGUAUCAGCAUUUGGUCUUCCUAUUGUCCUAGCAAGAUCGCCCGUUGCUCAGCCAGUAAUUCAGUUGGGUGCUUGUGCAUUAGUCUUGGCAGGAAAUGUGGUGACAUUUUUAACCAUUUGGGGCUUUUUCAUUAUGGCUGACAGUGAUGAUGUGGAAUACAGCAUGUGGUGAAGAUAAUGUGGAACACUUGUUUGGUUAAUGGUUGCUGAAGAUCAUUCAGUUGUGUAACCCUUGGCAAUUUAUCAACAGUAAAAUCCUCAGAAAGUAUUCAAUUCAAGGAUUGGCAUAUUAUUAAUUUAACCCUUAAUUUUGGCAACACACGUACAUUAUCUUUUGUUUUGAAUGCUAUAGAGGUACAUCCCAUGGUCAUUGGUUAUUGCUAUCCAUACAUUGGAAUGAUUUUGCAAAACUGAAAAUUUAAGUGAUGGUUCUUAUUUUGGAAGUCAGUAGUGAUGAUACCUCGGUUGCUUUACUGCACGUUUGAACAUGGAUAGAUCACGUGAUAACUUAUUUUCACUUGCCUCAAUAAAAUAAUACUGUAUACAUAUCUCAAACUUGUGCUAAUUGAUGACAGUUUGAUAUUACAUUACUCUCAGUGCUUAAAACUCUGUAUUUGCUAAACUUGGCUUGAUCAAAAACCCCUAAGUUAGGUAGGAGCAUUUAAUAUAUAUAUAUUUGCCUUAAAAAAAGUAAUGAGCAUAUGUUAAGGUUGAAGUGAAGUUGUUUGAAAAAACAUUUUCACAUUUUUCAACUGUCCUGUCCACCUAGGUAACCAUUAAAGCUGAUCCCUGAUUUGUGAUGGAAUUUAUCUUCUGUAUUUAAUGUGCGACAAUAACAUUGUUCAGCCAUUUUUUUUGUUUUUACACGCAUUUGCUUGAAAUUUGACUGAUGUUGAUGUUAGUUCAGGGGGUAGUAUAGAUUAAGUGAAUUAAUGUCAAGCUCAUGUCUUCCUUAAGUAUUUUCCAAAAUGCUGAUCAAUUUUUGGUUGGUUCAUUUUAUACUGUAUUGACUUUCAGACUGUGACAAUCAUAUAAUUUAUGUAGCAUGUAUGUAUUACAAAUUUCCAUAUUUGAACUAGUGUCUAAAGUUGUAUUGUUUAACAUUACUAUAAACUGCUUUAUUUACUUAUAUAGUAUGUAAUAUAUUAAGUUUGUCGUUACUGUAUGCUGGUUCUCAGGGUACAAAUUGAUUGUUCACAUCACAUUAGACAUAAAUAAUGUAAAAAAAAAAUGUAAUGUUAUCCUAAAAUAUUAUCUAUAAAACUUCAGUAUUCUAAAAUGCGACCUUAAAAAUGUCUAUGCAUUAAGGGUAGAUGGUAGACGUGACAUAUCCUAUUUGAUAUUGAUGUUGUAAUUGUACACAUAAUCAAUAGAUAUGAGCCUUGUGCUGUAUUUCCACAUGGUGUAUUUUCCUACUUGUUUUAGAUAAAAGCAAACCUUUUGGUAAUCACUCUUUAUGGCGCUCGAGCUGUGUGAUCUUGUAAAUAUUACGAGGAAUUGAAACUUGCUGUUUUCAAUACUGAUGAGCGUUAAUGUCUUUAAAAUUGUUUGGGGCAAAUAUUAAUUUGAUCUGUACUUACGUAUUGGAGAAAUUGAAGAAUUCUUUAGACUGGCAGCUCUCUUUAGGGUUAUGAAGGUUAUGGUUGGAUAUCAAACUUUUUUUAUGCACAUUAUUUGAUGUAAUUUUUAAUAGCAGGAUGUUUUCUUAUAACUAAAUGCAGUAAGGUCAACAAUUUAACUAAAAAUGUGGCUGUGUUCUUUACCAAUUUUUGUUUUUCCUUAUAUAAAAUGGCUAUAUCUCAUUUGCCAUGAUAAGUGUAUUUAUGCUUUCAUGUAGAUUUUGUGUCAGUUGGUUGUGGAUGGAAAACAAUGUUUGUUUUUCCUCAACAAAUUUAGCAAGACAAAGUUUCCAUUAAACAACAGAUCUGUCAUAAAAUAAAAGUAGCUAAUUACUUGCUGUUAUUUCAGAAUAUAUAAUAUGCAGUGCUGUGCUUUUCACAUUUUUAAACCUUAUGCCGUAUGAAAUAAGUUAACAAUGUAUAUUUAUUAUCAAGCCAACAGAAACUAUUAUUUUAUUUCAUGUUGUACACUUGAUAUGGGUUUGAUGUAGUUACAGGUGUGUAAACAAAAAUUUACUAAAAUUAAAAGAAUGAACAGAGCUUGAUUCUUUUGAAUAUUAACUUGAAAUUACUGGGUAUGUGAUUAGUCUUAAAGACAGUUUUGCGUCAUAUGCUUUCGGCUCAAUUUAGAGGUUGGACCACCAGACACUUGUGGCUAGCCUCACCUGACUUUGUGAAUGACACGUUGGUGGAAGGGGACUGUCACAGGCAGGUUGAGGUCAGCCCCAGUGUCUCCAUCCCCAUCCCCCUCCUUAAAUAGGAUCGGCACUUACUGCGACUCCCAGUGACUCAGAGUCUGAAAUUGGAGCUUGGUUUUCCAUUGUUUUUUCAAUAGUUCAUUACACACUGUCACUGCAACAAUGAUCUCUAAAAAGUGCACAAUAAAUUAUUUUUCUGUUCAUAGUGGUUUAGUGUGCAUAUACAUACAUACAUACAUUAAUGUUUUUCAUGUGUUUAGAGGGUUAUAUUUAUUGAAAUAGUUUGGCUUAAAUUAUGUAAUUUCUUAACAUUGAAAAUAAAUUUUCCUUAGUUUGGUUUUGUAACAUUUAGGAUACACUGUAUAGUUAAGUAAUGUUUCUAUUUAAUACGCUGUGUAAAUAUAUACCUAGUGGCUCAUUAUGGUAUAGACUGGGGGUUUCGCUAGGCAUUAAUUAGCUCUAACUCAUUCUUUUGUCAGAUUGUAUGUAGCAAGUUUGAAAGGAUGCUGUUACUGAAGGGAGUCUCAUAGAAAACAUAAAAUGUUUGCAAAAUUAGUUGAUUAAAUUUUUUUUCAACAAAUGGAGAGUUUAUUUGAGUGUACCAUGUGUACUGUAUUAUGCUUGGGAUCUGUAAAUACUUUUGAGCUCGGAGAGGAGAUAAUAGGAUAUUCUCUUUUUGUUUGGCAAAAAUCUCCAAAUUUUGUUUGGUACUUGCUUAUGUAAUAUAAAAGUAGCUGUGUUGUAAUAUCUUUUUCAUAAUAUCUUGGUUGCUGCCCAUCUCUAUAUCUUUCAACUCUGCAGGAAUGUUAAAUAACAAAUAUCGAGAUGUUUCCUUGCUCAUGUAAUAAUCAUAACAAAAUUAUUGACGAUUGUGAGAAUCCUGGGCGGGACAGAAAUGCUUGGGCACAUUUCCUUUCACCUAAUGCCUCUGUUCAUCUAGCCAUAUGUAGUUACUCAGGAGUUAGUCAGCUUGUUGUGGGGUUACAUCCUGGGCAGAGUAAGUAAUUUGACCUUGGGGGGGAUGGGGACCUAGAUAUAAGCCUAACAUGUCUGAAUACACUUUGGUUUCCUGUCCCCCGACAUAAUGAAUUAUUAUUAUUAUAAAUGAUAUAGGAAAUAAUUUUAUAAACACAUUCUUCAUCAACUUGCAGUGAGAUAAUUGUUGUGAUUCAGUUUAUCCACAGCAAAAUAACAAUAGUGAGAGAGAAAAGAAAGGAAAGAGUUUAUAAUAAAAAAGUAUAAAAUAGGUUAAUUAUACGAAAACAUACAAGGAGUAAUAUUCGAGUCAAGGUGCUGAACACUGCCAGAAGCAUACUACAACACUUCUUCCAUGUAGUGCUUCCCUGGAUGCACAGACAUAUUCAGUUAUAUUAUUUAUCCUCAGCCUAACUAGUGAAUAGGGUUGGUGUGUGUGCUUUGUUAGUUUUGUGUACAAGGCAGUAAGUUCAACAAUCAAUUUGAUUGUACAAACAUUUGGGGCUGCAAGAGAAAAAUUCUAUAAUGCCCAGGGCCUCAUACUCAACCCAUUCAAAUUUACUGCAUUAUCUAUUUUCAGCACUGUAUAAUAUCCAGAAGUGUAUGAUUCAUAUGGUGCAGAGCACAUUAGGUGUUAAGGGUCUAUUGCACUAUGUAUGUUCCUCAAUCAGGGUUUUGUACACAACUGUUUUGCUAUGCCUCAGAGAAACAGCAUGUGACAGUAACCCUAAAUUCUUCUCCAACCUUGUGCAGCACAUUCCUAUUGCACCAGGAUAUUCAUUGUGAACACGAAAAUGGAAUGUACUCUCAUGCCCGCUGCACACAACAGGGAGGAGAUGAAUUGAUACCCUUUGAGGGGCAAGUCAUGAGACAAGUUUUCAUUCAGAUAACGCCUUUCUCACUCUGGCAUUCCAAUGCUUAUGCUCACUGAAUGAUGACCUGUUCCUCACAUAAGAUUUUGAUUGAUGUGUAAGGCACUUCUUUCCAAAUUGUCAUCAAUAUAGUAUCCCUUAAAGAUGAAAAUUUUAUGAGGCAUCCUUUUGCAUCAUUAACAUUUACUCUUGUAGGUCGUGUAUCUGUUAAAAACAUCUUAUAUAUCUCUCUUGGUUCUUUAGGCAUUAUGUAAAUAAUAGAUAGAGGAUU